GCCGCCGACCGGAAGUCCACGGUCUGAAUGGGUCUUGUACCCGGCCACGGCCGCUCCUCCCGGUGGACUUGACAGCGGGCGACUCUGGAUCUCUGAUCUCGUCGGCUGCCAGGUUCAUGUGGAGGCUCCCGGGCCGCAGCGCGCUUCGUGGGGUCCGGUCGGUGGUGGAGCGGCGCAGCCGGGCCGAGGCAGGGACUCACGAGGCGGUGCGCGCCAUGGAGCGCGCGGUGGUGCGCUGUGUGCCCUCGGAGCCCAAGCUCAGCCUGUCUUUCGCGUUGGCCGACGGCAGCCACAAAAACAUGCAGAGGGACCAGAGCGAGCCUCUGGGCCGGGCCCUCAGCCGGAUCGCUACCAACGCCCUCAAGGGACACGCAAAGGUAGCGGCCGCCAAGAAGAGCAGGAAGAACCGAGCCCACUCGAGCGGUGGCGCGGCCUGUGAGGCUACAGGGCCUGAGCCGGUUGCGACCUGCGAGCCGGUGGUGAAGCUGUACUACCGGGAGGAGGCGGUGGCCGAGGAUGUGCUCAAUGUGGACGCCUGGCAGGACGGAGCGGUGCUGCAGAUCGGCGACGUCAAGUACAAGGUGGAGCGCAACCCGCCCACCUUCACGGAGCUGCAGUUGCCGCGCUACAUCAUGGCUGGCUUCCCUGUGUGCCCCAAACUCGGCGUGGAAUUUGGGGAUCCCGCCAGCUCCGUGUUCCGCUGGUACAAGGAAGUCAAACCCGGGGCGGCAGAACCUGGGGACAGCGGCCCCGCGUCCUCGUCUCACUCUUCGCAGCCUUCAGCUUGGAUCGAGACCGGUGUGGACGAGCGCGUCUACACCCCGUGCAAUGCAGACAUCGGGCUCCGGCUCCGGCUUCACUGUACACCGGGCAAUGGGCAGCGCUUCGGGCCAAGCCGGGAGCUAGAAAGCCUGUGCCCGGUGGAGGCCGGGCCUGGCACCUGCACUUUUGACCAUCGACAUCUGUACACCAAGAAGGUGACGGAGGACUCUUUCAUCCGCACUGUCUCCUACAACAUCCUGGCAGACACGUACGCCCAGACUGAGUUCUCUCGGACGGUCUUGUACCCGUACUGUGCCCCCUACGCCCUGGAGCUUGACUACCGCCAGAAUCUCAUACAGAAGGAGCUCACAGGCUACAACGCAGACCUCAUCUGUUUGCAGGAGGUGGACCGCGCGGUGUUCUCCGACAGCUUGGUACCGGCCCUGGAGGCCUUCGGGCUGGAGGGCGUGUUCCGAAUCAAGCAGCACGAAGGCCUGGCCACUUUCUACCGGAAGUCCAAGUUCAGGCUCCUUAGUCAACAUGACAUCUCUUUUCAAGAAGCCCUCAAGUCGGACCCACUGCACAAAGAAUUACUAGAGAAGCUGGCUUUGAACCCAUUAGCACAGGAGAAGGUCCUCCAGAGGUCAUCUGUCCUUCAGAUUUCAGUUCUUCAGUCUACAACAGACUCUUCCAAAAAGAUAUGUGUUGCUAAUACCCAUCUCUACUGGCACCCAAAAGGUGGAUACAUUCGUCUCAUUCAAAUGGAAGUAGCCUUGGUUCAUAUUAGACAUGUCUCACGUGAUCUCUAUCCUGGCAUACCAGUUAUAUUUUGUGGAGACUUUAAUAGUACACCAUCAACAGGCAUGUAUCAUUUUGUCAUCAGUGGCAGCAUUGCAGAGGAUCAUGAAGACUGGGCUUCCAAUGGGGAAGAGGAGAGAUGCAGCAUGCCUCUCUCACACUGUUUCAAACUGAAGAGUGCUUGUGGUGAACCUGCCUACACAAAUUAUGUCGGUGGCUUUCACGGAUGUCUAGAUUACAUUUUCAUUGACUUAAAUACUUUAGAGGUUGAACAGGUGAUUCCAUUACCUAGUCAUGAAGAAGUUACCACCCACCAGGCCUUACCUAGUGUUUCUCAUCCUUCUGAUCACAUAGCACUUGUAUGUGACUUAAAAUGGAAAUAGAUUUUACUUCACUAACUCUGAAAGGAAGCUAGGAACUGUCCAAAAAAAUGUAAUAUGAAACAAAGCCCAUAUAUCAACCUUCAGUGAGGCAACACCAGACUCAAUGGUCAUUCCCUACUGGUUAUGUUCCAGACGGCUUUGUUACAGAACUAAUUCAUCUUUGCAUCAUAUAAUAUCGUUAUCCUCCUUUUUAAAAUUCCCUACAUUUAGAGGAAAACAUAUUUAUGACUAGCAAGAAGAAAAUUGAAUUAUUGUGUACAUUUUAUAAGUUUUUUUAAGCUGGUAAUUACGACUUUUAAGUACUAUUUGAAUAAUCUCAAUUUUUCUUUCACAGCACAUUUUACAUUGAAUUAUGUUAAUAUAAUUGGGGAAGGAGGGGACAUGUAGGUAAAACGUGAGAGACUUCAGAGACACAUGGAAUACAUUAGUCUGUCACUACCUCAAUUUGGUUAGAAUUUAUUAUAAUUUUGGAGCUUUAACAAAAGAUUAAAAUGUACCAUUACCAAUUCUUAUAGCUUCUUCGUUUUUCAGUUAGCAAGGUAUUUUCCUUCCUGCGUUGUUUUCAGUGUACAAACGACGGUUCAAACGCGUCUACUUUGUCUUCUUACUUGCACUUGAGCUCAUUUUAAUAGUAGGAUACAAGCACAAAAGAGUAUUCAAAGGGACGGGGACUUGACUUGAUCCCUUGCCUUUGCUCUUACUCAUAAAAUAUAAGCACACAGGGAAAAGGGGAAGCAGGCAUGGUGCUUUAUAGCUGUAAUCCUAGUGCUCAGGUACGUGAGGCAGGACUGCGUCGAGGUCAGUUCUGGUCUGGGUUACACAGUUCAAGGCCAGCUUGGGCUACAUACAUAGGAAAAAAGGGGACAAUGGGUUUUUGUCAAUAUCUGAAAUAAACUUUUUAUAGAUGUAAGCAUUAUAGCUUGAGGAACAGAAUAGUGCCACAUAAUUUAUAUAAAAAAUUUGAAGAUGAAGCCAACAUUUGAAGAUGAGAAAUUCCAAGCUGUGUUGAUUAGUAUCUAGUUUAGAUGCUUUUACUGCAUUUGUUCUCACCAUGUCUGCUUGGUGAUGCUUUAGCGGUUGCUUUGUCAUGUCCAGGUUUAACUGUAGCAUAAGCAUAGCUUUCUGCACUUAAUUUCUAGCAUAGAUAAUAAAGGCCUCUUACCUCAAAAAGAGGUCUUAUUUUCCAAGUCUUCAAAUUAUUUAAUCUGUAAAUCCAUUUUUUCCCCAUAUUCUCUAAUGUGAUCUGUGUUUUCCAUAUUCUGUUAUCAGAUACUCUUAGGUUAGUAAGUCUGAAAAAUAUAAGCAUUUCAUUUGCACUUCACAUUGAACCUUUAUUCAUAUUAUUUAAAGGGAAAUAUAAAAUGACAGUUUCUUGGGAUGCUUAAAAUAAAAAAGCUGAUGAAAAGUUGAUGUUACCAAAUUGUGCCUUCAUAAAUAUGGUAGUUUCUCUUCCCACGGGUCAAAUUCAGGGCACUCAGUUAUAUUCCCAGCCGUGUACAUGCCACUUUUGAGAGCAUUUUAGUGGCAGUUUAUAUAGUCAGAACUAGUUCUUUUACAAAAUAUUAUUUCAGUAUUAUUUUAUUUCUGUGUUGCUGGGGAUUGAACCCAGAAUCCUGAGCAUGCUAGCCAUGUUUAGUACUCCAAGCUACAUCAGAGCUACAACCCUUUUCAAAAUUAGUUUUGUUUUGCCUUCAGAUAACCAUGUUGACAAACUUACUUGAACACUUCAGGAAUUAACAGUAAUUUACUCAGCAAGAAGUGAGCAUUUUGAAAGAAAAAUGUUUGUAAUUCAUACCCAUGCAUUGACAUCCUGUAUUAACUCCGUGGCGAAGUAGAACUGUGAUUUACCAAGCAUCCCAUGUCCUAAAUCCUUAAAUUUGAUAUUUGUGGAUUAAAUGGUAUAGUCAGAUUAUAUACAGGUAUUUCAGGAUAUUCUGAUAAUGAAGUGUAAAGAACUGACUCCAGCUUACAAUGUGCAAAGGUAGGGAGCACUCCACAAAUUCUAUGAAGAUUAUACCAAACUUAUUUGUACUUAGGACAAGGUGUUAAUCGUUAAUCAGAAGUGUUUAAAGUUAUCUUCGUGAUUGAAUUUUUCUAUUAGUUUUGAAAUUUUUAGUAUUUAAUUUUAAUGAUUCUGAGAACUCUAGCAACGUUGUGGCAAACCACAUUUAUGUCACAAGUUCUUAGUAAAGGAAAUGUGAAUAUUUUAAAGUAUGUUAUUCUGCUAAAAUCACUCUUAAAGUUGUCCCAGUAACACUAACAGUUUGCAAUUCAUUAGCAAAAAUAUCAUUUCUGGCUACAGUAUCUUUUCUUUAAAGUUCUAAAAUGUAAAAUCUCUAUAUUGUAAGGGAAGAUAAAAUUUGUAGUUUUCAUCAUAAAACUCAGUAGGGAAGUCUUCUAAAAUACAGCCAACACCAAUUUUCUAAACACUAUUUAAAAAUGUGUUUGAAAACCUUUUGCUCAGCCUACUUGCAAGAAGUAUUAUCUUGGUUUCAUUUGUAGAGAGGAUAAGAGCUUUCACUUAUAAAGUGAGUUCUAUGGUCCUAAUUUCUAAGAAAUAUGCCAUUUCUAAUAAGUGGUGAUGAGUUAUUACCUGGGUGAAUUUUUAGCAUUACAAUAUAACAAUAUUGCAUUCUGGUUACAAUACCAAAGCACUGAGGUAAAACUAAUCAUUUAAAUACAUAAAACCUACUUGUAUUUAAUACAUUCACUGUUGUGUAGCCGACUCUAAGGCAUUUUCAUCACUUCACAAGGGAAGCCUAAAGUAUAUCCUCAUUCUCUACCAGUAGACACAUCAUCUGCCAGUUCUGAUAUCUGUCCGAUUUGACUGGUGUUUUUCAAGCUUAUCUGUGUAACAGUAUGUACCAAUACUUCAUCUCUUUUACACAUUUCCUACUGCAUGGAUAAUACAUCUUGCUUAUGUGAGCAUUUGGAUUGGUUAGUUUCCUGUUGUGACUAGUAUGUGGAGAUCUAUGCUCAAGUUUUUGAUGGAACAUCCUCUUUUUAAUUUGUUAGUACUAGGGAAUCAAACCCUGGGCUGGUGUAUGGACUGCUCUGAGCUGCACACCCAGUCCAAACAUCUGUUUUCAGUUCUUCUAGAGAAUAUAACUUAGUGAAGUGCUGUAGCUUUCUGCAGCAAUGCCAUCCUUUCCCACAGUGGCUACACUACCCUAAACCUCCCUCACUGCCAUAUACAGGUUCAGGUUCCCUCCAUCCUCACAAAUUAUAUCCAUUUUUUAAACAGCCAUCCUGUUCACACUUCAGUGACACGCUUUGAACUUUGGAAUUGCAGUUGUUGCAGUCACAAGCAAGCUUAUCUUAAACAGCUUAGCAAACCUCUUCCCAGAGCCACUUUCAGCAGCUGCUGCUUAGUUUUAUGAUUUCUGCGUCAAGUAGGAAAGGUUUUAUUGCUUCCUUUAAAGAAAACUGAAUAUCAAAGUUAAAAAUACAACCGUGACUAUAAAGAAUUUUGGUAAAGGCCUAAGACCUGCACAGCAAAAGGCCAUAUUUCACCCUUCAGCAACUGCAGAGAACUUACUUUUAAAUUGGUCCACUUUAAAAUCUAAAAGGUACAGAUUAGCAGAUGGCAAGAAUGUCUAAGUUUUGAGAAAACUAGAUGGAUAUAAUUGAGUAUAAUUUAUAAUAUAAAUUAUGUAUAAUCAUUGAAAGUUCAAGCUAUUCUAGAUUUUUUAAAAAAAAUCUCUAAAUUCAAGUUAAUGUAAACUUUAAGCCAAUAAACUUAAGCUGGCAUUUACCCUGUUAAAUAAGAGGUAGGGAAAAUAUUACUUGACCACUUAAGGUAGUGUCUUAAUAAUACAGAUGCUAAAAUUUAAUUUACAUAGAAGCUAAUUUUAAACAUUAAGCUCAUCAGUUGAACUGGUUGAUACCAUCCACUAUAGAACUAUUAAUAAGUUUUAAUUAAAACAUUAAACCUGAGCCUGAAAAGACCACUUGUUCUUCCAAAGGACCCGGAGUUCAUUUCCCAAGACCCACAUGAUGGCUCACAACCUUUUGUAACUCCAGGGCCAGGGAGCCCACAGCCUUAACUGGCAUCUCUGGACUCCAGGCAUGCAGGCAAAACACACCCAUACCUGUAAACUUAAAAAUCACCAAGAAGAAAAUAAACAAAAACUAGAUAAAACAACCGUUGAAGCAGUCGGUUCAACUUUUCAGCUUCCAAUCUGAUUAUUCUGAUGGGAAUCUCUUGUUGAUUUGUCAAAACCCAAGCUCUGCAAUGUUUUGUGGGUUUUUCCUGAGGGUUUCUCUAUGUAGACAAGGCUAGCCUCGAACUGGAGAUUUGCCUCCUAAGUGUGAGGAUUAAGGGUGUGUACUACCACCACUUGGCUCUGUAAUACUUAUUUUUUUAAAUUGUUCAUUUUUAAACUCAUUGGAAGUUGGGUAUGAUGGUGCAUGCCUUUGGUCUCGAAGGCAGAGAGGCAGGUAGAUCUCUGAGUUCAAGACCAGCCUGGUCAGAAUUACAGGAUGACCAGGCCUGUUACCAUGUUUUGAAAAACAAAAACAAUUUCUUUCGGACACUAAAAAACUAUCUCCAUCAUAUAUCCAUUUUGUGGUGAAUUUAAGCCUAUUUCAUCUGGCAAUUCUCUCUCAUACCCUGGAGAGCUACCAUUGCACGUUUCCUUAGGAUACUGAAAUAGCUGUAGGUUGCAUUUUUGCUAGUUUGUAUGUGCAUCCUACAACUAUUGGGAUUGAUUCUGUAGGGAAUUUGACAGUUUAGUUGACUUUCUUAUAUUGAAAAGGCACUUUAAAGAGAAUUUAUCGCCGGGCGGUGGUGGCACAUGCCUUUAAUCCCAGCACUUGGGAGGCAGAGGCAAGCGGAUUUCUGAGUUCAAGGCCAGCCUGGUCUACAGAGUGAGUUCCAGGACAGCCAGGGCUACACAGAGAAACCCUGUCUCAAAAAACAAAGAAAAAAAAAAGAAUUUAUCAUACAUAAAGCAUUAUUGCUAACCAUACAUCCAGACAAAGUGACAUGGAAAACACUCUAUUUUGACAGCUGUUAAAGGUGGCACAUAGCAGGAAUCCUAGCACUUGGGAGGUGGAAACAGAUGAAUCCACUCAGUGUCAUCCGCAGCUGUUCAGUAAGUUGGAGGCCAGCCUGAAUUAUGAGACUGACAGUUAAAAUAAAACUGGGUUAAUGGUAGUAUUACAGAUUAUCUAAAACAAGUUACAUAACCCUUUCAUAUUUCCCACCAUCCUAGUCUUUCCCUAUUCUUAAACUGGUGGUGGUAACUUUAAGAGGUUUUGGUAUUUGAAUGUCAGAGAAAUCCUACUUAAAGAUAGUUACUCGGUUUGCUCGGGCAACCCCCUUACCUGUCUCCAUGAAAUGUCUAUUUUGGACUUUCAUAAAUAAGUACUUCAAAAACCAUGUAUUUUGUGACUGGCUUCUUUUCACUUAGACUGUUUAGGUAUUUCCAUGUUGUAGCAUCAGUACUGGGAUUUUUAAUGAUGAAUAUUCCAUUGUUAGGCUGUACUAAAUUUCAUCAAUCUACUUGUAGGUUAAUGGACAUUCAUACUGCUUCCACAAAUAAUUUUUCUGUCUUUGUGUACAA